AUGUCUGCACUUCGAAUACUCGUGCCUGUGAAGCGGGUUAUCGACUAUGCAGUCAAACCCCGCGUGAACAAAGCCCAAACAGCCGUCGAAACAGCCGGCGUAAAACACAGCAUGAACCCCUUCGACGAGCUCUCCAUCGAAGAAUCGGUACGGAUCCGCGAAAAGAAAUCCUUCCCAGGCGGCGUAGACAGCAUCAUCGCCUUCAGCUGCGGGCCCCCCAAGUCCUCCGACGUAUUACGAACCGCGAUGGCCAUGGGCGCGGACCGCAGCAUCCACGUCGAAACUAAAGACGGGGAGGAGAUCGAGCCGCUGGGCAUCGCGAAGCUGCUGAAGGCGGUGGUGGAGCGGGAGAAUAUCAACAUGGUGCUGUGUGGCAAGCAGUCGAUUGACGACGACGCGGGGCAGACGGGGCAGAUGCUGGCGGGGUUGUUGGGGUGGGCGCAGGCGACGCAGGCGAGUAAGGUGGGGUUUGAGGGCGAGAGGGGGGUGGUUGUUGAGAAGGAGGUGGAUGGGGGGACGGAGACGGUGAAGAGUGAGUUGCCGGUGGUUAUUACGACGGAUUUGAGGUUGAAUGAGCCGCGGUAUGCGAGUCUGCCGAAUAUUAUGAAGGCGAAGAAGAAGAAGAUUGAUAAGGUGACGGCGGAGGAGUUGGGGGUUGAUUUGAAGAGGAGGUUGAAGACUAUUAAGGUUAUUGAGCCUCCACCUAGACAAGGUGGUGGAAAGGUUGAGGAUGUAGAUGGCAUGAUUGCCAAGCUUAAAGAGCUUGGUGCGAUUUAG